CCCUCUCUUUACUUCCGGCCCCUUCCUACCUGCACAGUCCCCGGGGUUUCGUUCCUUGAAGGGUUCGUCCGACAUGGUGAUUUCAGAUACAAUGGAUUUGCUUUUCAGAAUAAGAGGAGGCCUUGAUCUAGCAUUUCAGCUAGCUGCUACUGAUGAUAAGGAAAUUCUGGCCCUGAAAGUCAUUUGUCCGGGAUCACCCAGCUAGAGAGUCAGAGCCAAGACUCAAACAGUAUCUGACUCCACCUUUCAACUCUCUUUCUGCUAUAAUCAGUCAGUAAGUAAAAGAUAUUACUAUGAAAAAGGCACUAAAAUAUGUAUUGAGUGACCUUUCAACCAAACUUUCCUCAAAUGCCCUCGUGUUCAAGAUCUGCCACAGUUCAGUGUACGUAUGGCCUAACAGCAACAUGAACACAGUUCCAGCAGAGUUAACUGACAGUUCUGCUUGUAAGGAAAUAUUGCGCUUUAUUCAGUUUGAUCAAGAAGAAGAUACAAAGUGGAAAUUCGCCAAAAAGAAAGAUAAAAAGUUACAAGGACAGCCUCAGAUAAUAAAUAUAGAUCUCAUGCUAGAAAUGUCAACUUCUCUAGCUGCUGUAGCUCCCAUCAUUGAAAGAGAAAGUGGGGGUCACCACUAUGUUAACAUGACUUUGCCAGUGGAUGCUGUUAUAUCUGCUGAUCCAGAAGAAUCAUGGGAAGUAGUUCGAAUUCGGUUAGUAAAUUCAGUUCAUAAUCAACUAACUGAUAUGGAGAAAUGCAUUUUGAAAUACAUGAAAGGAACAUCAGUAGUGGUUCCCGAACCACUGCACUUUUUGUUACCAGGAGAAAAAAGUCUCAUAACAAUUUCAUAUCCAUCAGGAGUUCCAGAUGGUCAGCUACAAUCUUAUAGAAAGGAAUUGCAUGACUUGUACCAUCUACCUCAUGAUAAACCUUACUUCAAAAGAGCUAAUGCAUAUCACUUUCCGGAUGAGCCAUAUAAAGAUGGGUAUAUCAGGAAUCCACAUGUACAUCUAAAUCCUCUGGGUGCAGAGUCUGGUAUGAUUUACACAGUCCAUGGCAUAUAUGGUUAUCAUCAUUACAUGCAGGAUCGGAUAGAUGACAGUGGCUGGGGCUGUGCUUAUCGGUCUCUACAAACUAUCUGUUCUUGGUUCAGACACCAGGGAUACACCGAUAGAUCCAUUCCAACACACCAGGAGAUUCAGCAGGCUCUUGUUGAUGUGGGAGACAAACCAGCAACAUUUGUAGGGUCACGCCAGUGGAUUGGUUCUAUUGAGGUACAGCUAGUUCUGAACCAUUUGAUGGGGAUAACUUCAAAAAUACUGUUUGUCAGCCAAGGUUCUGAAUUAGCUUCUCAAGGAAGGGAACUUGCUAAUCACUUCCAGAAUGAAGGAACUCCAAUAAUGAUUGGUGGAGGAGUCUUGGCUCAUACAAUACUAGGAGUGGCGUGGAAUGAGAUAACAGGGCAGAUAAAAUACCUUAUUCUAGAUCCACAUUACCCAGGACCAGAGGACCUGCCAGUCAUUUUGGAAAAGGGUUGGUGUGGAUGGAAGGGUCCAGAAUUUUGGAAAAAGGAUGCCUACUAUAAUCUCUGCCUUCCUCAGCGACCCAAGACUAUUUGAAGAAUCUGAGUGCAAUCAAUAGUUGUAACAGAGUGUUAAGGUGCACGAUACGUAAAAAUAACACCCAGUCUUCAUAUGAAAACACAAAGUAGGCAGAUGCAUAUAGUAGCAGUUUCCAAUGCAGCCAUUUAGUUUGAACAUUAAGUACAUACUAUGUUUAAGGUACUCUGUAAUCAGUACUUUGUUAACAAUAGACUAACAUGUCAAUGUUAUAAUAACUUAAGAAUGAUCAAAGUCUAUUUUUCUUCAUUAUUGCUGGAGCCUUUAAAAAAGGCUUAAAAAAACACCCUAACAAAACAUUUGUAUUUAGUUCAAGUUAAAGACCUCAGAUAUAAAGCUGAAACAAAUACAACUAAAUGCAGCAUACCAAAACUAUGUGAAUACAUGUAUUCUUGAAAUGAUCUUCACUCAGAAGAAAGUUAAUAUAUCUUGCUCCUUCUUAGAAGAAGAUAAGAACAUUUUAUAAAUCAGUCCAAUAGCUUGUGGUCUGCUCCAAACUUCUUUUCCCUCAGCUUACCAUUUCAACACAAAUGGCCUGCUUAAAAAGAAAGAAAGAAAAAGGAUUUUCCUUUGUGAUAUUUUCCACUGGAAUGAAUCUUCUCAGUGAGAGGCACUACAUUAUAUAACACCAAGUAGCCAUUAGUUACAAUCAAAAUCUAAAAGGGGCCCGGGAGGAAGACCAUUCCUAGAAAACAGAAUUAAAGUCAAAGACCCUGAACCUAUCAGAAAUAGAGGGUUAGGUUCCCAGAGCCACCAAAAACCUAUAAUCUUUUACUAGGGAUUGUUGAAAACAUGCUUUUCUGCAUGUCUUUAACCAAGACGUCAAUUCUGAUAAUUUGCACUUUCCCUAACAAAAUAAAACCCCUAAAAUCCAAGGGAUAGGAGAAAGAGAGGGGCAGCAAUAUUGGAAGAACUCCCAAGGUAACAAAGGGGCAAAUCUGCCAUUUUGAAUGUCCCUUUCAGCUCCCUGAACUGUUUCCUCCAUAAAAAGCACACACCUGGACUAAGUUCCCACCUGAUCUGUACUACUUUCAGCUGGGCCAAUGCAGCCAGGGAGGUGAACCCAGAUCCCAAAGCAUCCAUUUUCCCAUUUUUUUCCCAUUUCUUCAUCACUUCCCAAACCCUUUCACAAAUACUUUCUUCCUUUUAGAAAAUAUAAAUUUACACAACGUGUCUCUUUUAUUCUCUAAUGCACAAAGCCAUGAAUGUGCAUAGUUGCCAACUUGAAAGUGAAAGAAGUUACUAAUAAAAUCACCAGAAUGCUUUAAGUCAAAAAUGCUGAUUGACUGUAUUCUAAUGAGAAUAAAAUUGCUAGCAUUUCAAAACUAAAGACAGAUUGAGCUUUACUAAAGAAGGAUUAAAUGAGUUUUUUAAAUAAAAUGACCUUAAUUCUAAUAUUUAUGCAGAAAUCUUUGUGGGGAGAGGGGUAGAAUCUGCACACUACCUACCAUCUGAUCGAUGCUUCUUCCCAUUUGAGUUGUCCACAAUCCUGGAAGCUCUCUUUUUUUUUAGCAACAAACCACAGUUGUUAGUGUUGAAUGAACAUUUGGAUUGUUCACUUAAUUUCAUACUCUGUGUGUGUUUAACUGUUGUGAGAAAUUUGGCACAUUCUAGAAAUCCACAAGACCAUGCCAGAUCUUCUGCAGUCUGCCCAUUCUUGUUCUGUAAACUGCAAUUUAAUCACAGAAUUGGAGAUCAAUAAAAAUGACUUGCUAUGUCUAAAA